UAGUGAGAAUGCUAUCCAAGCCAUUCCCAGGAGAGCUUUCAGAGGGGCCACGGACAUCAGGAACCUUCAACUGGAUAAGAACCACAUCACUUGCAUCGAGGAGGGGGCCUUCCGUGCUCUGAGAACUCUGGAGGUUCUCACAUUGAACAACAACAACAUAAGCAGCAUUCCAGUCUCCAGCUUCAACCACAUGCCCAAACUACGCACCUUUCGUCUCCACUCUAACAGUCUGAGGUGUGACUGUCACCUGUCCUGGCUGUCUCCCUGGCUGAGACAGAGGCCCACCCUGGGUCUGUACACACAGUGCAGCUCCCCUCCAACCCUCAGGGGACUCAACCUGGCUGAACUGCAGAAGAACGAGUUCACCUGCUCAGGUCAGAGUGACAGUGCGUUUGUCCAGCCGUGUAGCCUGGCGUCUGGCUCCUGUCCUCCCAUGUGUUCCUGUAGUAACAACAUCGUAGACUGUAGAGGCAAGGGCCUCACUGCCAUACCUGCUCACCUGCCUGAAGCCAUGACUGAGAUUCGUCUGGAGCAGAAUGGCAUCAAGUCAGUUCCUCCUGGGGCCUUCACCUCCUACAAGAAGCUGCGCAGAAUAGAUCUGAGUAACAAUCAGAUAUCAGAGAUUGCUCCCGAUGUUUUCCAAGGCCUGAGAGCCCUCAACUCACUGGUCCUGUAUGGUAAUAAGAUCACAGAUCUCCCCAGAGGACUGUUUGAGGGUCUCGGCUCUCUAGAACUGCUUCUCCUGAAUGCCAAUAAGAUCCACUGUAUUCGAGCCACAGCCUUCCAGGACCUAGAGAAUCUAGCUCUGCUGUCUCUCUACGACAACAAGAUCCAGACCCUGGCUAAAGGAACCUUCACACCCCUUCACAGUAUACAGACACUUCACCUGGCCCAGAACCCGUUUGUGUGUGACUGUAACCUGAAAUGGCUGGCAGACUACCUGAGGUCCAACCCCAUAGAGACCAGCGGUGCCCGCUGUGCCAGCCCACGCAGACUGGCAAACAAACGCAUCGGGCAGAUCAAGAGCAAGAAGUUCCGCUGCUCUGCUAAGGAGCAGUACCACAUCCCAGGUACAGAAGACACCCGUCUGAAUAAUGAGUGUAACAGUAAGCCAGUGUGUCCUGCUAAGUGUCGCUGUGAAGCCAACGUAGUGGACUGCUCUAACCUCCGUCUCACCAAGUUCCCCCAACACCUACCUGCCUCUACCACCGAGCUGCGUCUCAACAACAAUGACAUCUCAGUGCUGGAAGCCACCGGUGUCUUCAAGACCCUCUCUCAGCUCAAGAAAAUUAACCUUAGCAACAACAAGAUCUCAGAGAUCGAGGACGGAGUGUUUGAGGGGGCGGGGUCUGUCAUGGAGCUCCACCUGACAGCCAAUCACCUGGACUCUGUCAGAGGGACCAUGUUCAGGGGCAUGGGCGGCGUCCGCAUGCUGAUGUUGAGGAACAACCGUAUCAGCUGUAUCCAUAACGGCAGCUUCACUGGUCUGACCAACGUCCGCCUGUUGUCUCUCUAUGACAACCAGCUCCACACCAUAAUGCCUGGGGCCUUCGACACACUGCCCAACCUCUCUACACUGAACCUGUUGGCCAACCCGUUUAACUGUGACUGUCGUCUGGCGUGGUUGGGGGCGUGGCUUCGUUCUAGAAGAAUCGUAACGGGGAACCCUCGCUGCCAGAGCCCCUCCUUCCUCAGAGAGAUCCCACUACAGGACGUAGCUGCACCAGACUUCCGCUGCGACGACAGUGCAGUAUUGGAGGAGAGUAGCUGUGUAGCUCGUCCUCAGUGUCCCACUGAGUGUACCUGUACAGAGACGGUGGUCCGCUGUAGUAACAAACACCUCCAGGCCCUGCCCAAGGGGUUGCCCCGCAACGUCACUGAACUGUACCUGGAUGGGAAUCAGUUCAGCAUGGUGCCCAGGGAACUGUCCACCUUCAAACACCUGCAGCUGGUGGACCUUAGUGAGAAUGCUAUCCAAGCCAUUCCCAGGAGAGCUUUCAGAGGGGCCACGGACAUCAGGAACCUUCAACUGGAUAAGAACCACAUCACUUGCAUCGAGGAGGGGGCCUUCCGUGCUCUGAGAACUCUGGAGGUUCUCACAUUGAACAACAACAACAUAAGCAGCAUUCCAGUCUCCAGCUUCAACCACAUGCCCAAACUACGCACCUUUCGUCUCCACUCUAACAGUCUGAGGUGUGACUGUCACCUGUCCUGGCUGUCUCCCUGGCUGAGACAGAGGCCCACCCUGGGUCUGUACACACAGUGCAGCUCCCCUCCAACCCUCAGGGGACUCAACCUGGCUGAACUGCAGAAGAACGAGUUCACCUGCUCAGGUCAGAGUGACAGUGCGUUUGUCCAGCCGUGUAGCCUGGCGUCUGGCUCCUGUCCUCCCAUGUGUUCCUGUAGUAACAACAUCGUAGACUGUAGAGGCAAGGGCCUCACUGCCAUACCUGCUCACCUGCCUGAAGCCAUGACUGAGAUUCGUCUGGAGCAGAAUGGCAUCAAGUCAGUUCCUCCUGGGGCCUUCACCUCCUACAAGAAGCUGCGCAGAAUAGAUCUGAGUAACAAUCAGAUAUCAGAGAUUGCUCCCGAUGUUUUCCAAGGCCUGAGAGCCCUCAACUCACUGGUCCUGUAUGGUAAUAAGAUCACAGAUCUCCCCAGAGGACUGUUUGAGGGUCUCGGCUCUCUAGAACUGCUUCUCCUGAAUGCCAAUAAGAUCCACUGUAUUCGAGCCACAGCCUUCCAGGACCUAGAGAAUCUAGCUCUGCUGUCUCUCUACGACAACAAGAUCCAGACCCUGGCUAAAGGAACCUUCACACCCCUUCACAGUAUACAGACACUUCACCUGGCCCAGAACCCGUUUGUGUGUGACUGUAACCUGAAAUGGCUGGCAGACUACCUGAGGUCCAACCCCAUAGAGACCAGCGGUGCCCGCUGUGCCAGCCCACGCAGACUGGCCAACAAACGCAUCGGGCAGAUCAAGAGCAGGAAGUUCCGCUGCUCUGCUAAGGAGCAGUACCACAUCCCAGGUACAGAAGACACCCGUCUGAAUAAUGAGUGUAACAGUAAGCCAGUGUGUCCUGCUAAGUGUCGCUGUGAAGCCAACGUAGUGGACUGCUCUAACCUCCGUCUCACCAAGUUCCCCCAACACCUACCUGCCUCUACCACCGAGCUGCGUCUCAACAACAAUGACAUCUCAGUGCUGGAAGCCACCGGUGUCUUCAAGACCCUCUCUCAGCUCAAGAAAAUUAACCUUAGCAACAACAAGAUCUCAGAGAUCGAGGACGGAGUGUUUGAGGGGGCGGGGUCUGUCAUGGAGCUCCACCUGACAGCCAAUCACCUGGACUCUGUCAGAGGGACCAUGUUCAGGGGCAUGGGCGGCGUCCGCAUGCUGAUGUUGAGGAACAACCGUAUCAGCUGUAUCCAUAACGGCAGCUUCACUGGUCUGACCAACGUCCGCCUGUUGUCUCUCUAUGACAACCAGCUCCACACCAUAAUGCCUGGGGCCUUCGACACACUGCCCAACCUCUCUACACUGAACCUGUUGGCCAACCCGUUUAACUGUGACUGUCGUCUGGCGUGGUGGGCGUGGCUUCGUUCUAGAAGAAUCGACGGGAACCCUCGCUGCCAGAGCCCCUCCUUCCUCAGAGAGAUCCCACUACAGGACGUAGCUGCACCAGACUUCCGCUGCGACGACAGUGCAGUAUUGGAGGAGAGUAGCUGUGUAGCUCGUCCUCAGUGUCCCACUGAGUGUACCUGUACAGAGACGGUGGUCCGCUGUAGUAACAAACACCUCCAGGCCCUGCCCAAGGGGUUGCCCCGCAACGUCACUGAACUGUACCUGGAUGGGAACCAGUUCAGCAUGGUGCCCAGGGAACUGUCCACCUUCAAACACCUGCAGCUGGUAGAUCUGAGUAACAACAGAAUCAGCUCCCUGUCUGACUCCUCCUUCUCCAAUAUGAGCCAGCUCACCACCCUCAUCCUGAGUUACAACUCUCUACGCUGCAUCCCUCCUCUGGCCCUGGCUGGACUACGCUCUCUCAGACUACUAUCUCUUCAUGGUAACGACAUCUCUGAACUAAUGGAGGGGAUCUUCAGUGAUGUGGCCUCCCUGUCUCACCUGGCAAUCGGUGCCAACCCCCUGUACUGUGACUGUCAUCUGCGCUGGCUGUCUGACUGGGUGAAGAGUGGGUACAAGGAGCCUGGCAUCGCCCGCUGUGCCGGACCAAUGGGCAUGGAGGGAAAACUGCUGCUCACCACACCUGAGACCAAGUUUGAAUGUCUGGGUCCAGUGGAGACGUCUGUCCAGGCGAAGUGUAGUCCAUGUGUGUCUGGGCCCUGUCAGAACCACGGUGUGUGUCAGUCUGACCCUGUAGAACUCUACACAUGUGUGUGUGCACCCGGCUUCACGGGUAAAUACUGUGAGACUCCAGUGGAUGUGUGUGCCAGUAACCCAUGCACAAAUGGAGGAACAUGCAUCAGUGACGAACAGACAAGGAGAUUCAGUUGUUCAUGCCUGGUGGGUUUCCAUGGAUCGUUCUGUGAGGUGGAUAUAGAUGACUGUGAGGACCACGGAUGUGAGAAUGGUGCAACCUGUGUGGACGGAGUAGGCAACUACACCUGCUUCUGUCCUCCCUUCUACAUUGGGUUGUUGUGUGAGGAAGAGGAGGAUGUGUGCUCUCCUGGUAGAAACCCCUGUCAGCAACACUCUACCUGCAGCAGCACCCCAACAGGCCCCAGAUGUGCGUGUUCCCCAGGCUUCGUGGGGGGUGACUGCAGUGUGAACUAUGAUGAGUGUGAGGAUCAGGACUGUCAGAAUGGAGCGGUGUGUGUGGACCAGGUGGAUGGAUACACCUGCACCUGCCCUCAGGGGUACAGUGGUGAGUUGUGUGAGGUGCCCCCUCCUCCUCCAUCUCCCUGUGAGCGGGCUCGCUGUCAGAACAGCGCCCCCUGUGUGGACAGAGGCGGUACUGCGCUGUGCCAGUGUCUGCCGGGGUUCGAGGGUGUGCGUUGUGAGAAGCUGGUCAGUGUGAACUUCGUGAAUAGAGAUUCUUACCUACAGCUGUCUGACCUGAAGAACUGGCCUCAGGCCAACAUCACACUGCAGGUGUCUACAGCGGAGGAUAACGGUAUCCUGCUGUAUAAUGGAGACAACAAGCCAAUGGCUGUGGAGCUCCAUGAGGGACAUGUUCGAGUCAGCUACGACCCUGGUAGUCAGCCUGGACACACUAUCUACAGUGCUGAGACGGUGAAUGACGGGCGUUUCCAUACGGUAGAGCUGGUGACCUUUGACAGGAUGGUGAACCUGUCUGUGGACGGGGGUGCGCCCACCACUCUGGACAGUCUGGGAGGGGUCCCACCUCUGUCUGGAGAGGCACCACUAUACGUGGGGGGUAUGCCAGAAAAGAUGUCCUACUCCUCUCUGAGUCUCUUCCAGCCCCUCAACUCCUCCAGUUUCCACGGCUGCAUCAGGAAUCUGUACAUCAACCACGAGCUGCAGGACUUCACCCAGACCACUAUGAAGCCGGGGGUGGUGCCAGGAUGCCAGCCCUGCAGGAAGCUGUUCUGCCUCCAUGGAGUGUGCCAACCGGAUGGUGCCCAGGGACCCCUCUGCCACUGCCAGCCUGACUGGGGUGGGCUACACUGCGAUCAGCCAAUCGGAGGAGGCCUUGUUGGGGGAGAUGUUGCCCCGGCAACCGCGGCUAACCCAUGCCAGGGGAACAAGUGUGUGAGGGGUGUGUGUGUGGUUCAGGAUGUUCAGUCGUACAGGUGUGAGUGUGAGGAAGGCUGGCACGCCACCCUGUGUAAUCAACAGGGGGAGCUAACAGCACCAGUACCAGCAGUGCCAGAAGGACCAGCCAAGCCGUGUUCAGUGCUGCUCUGCCAACAUGGCCACUGUCAGCUGACUGGGGGAGGAGCGACCUACUGUCUCUGUGACACGGGAUACACCGGGGACACAUGCGACACAAUUGAAUCAGCGUGUCGCGGCGAGGCGGUGCGUGACUUCCACCGGGUGCCACGUGGCCUCGCCGACUGCCAGACGACGCGGCCCUUCUCCUGGGUGGAGUGUCGGGGGGGCUGCCAGGGGGGCGGGGCGGCGUGCUGCGCCCCGCUGAGGGUACGACGCCGGCGCUACACCUUCGAGUGCGACGACGGAAGUUCCUUCACACAGGACGUGGAGAAAGCAGUGGAGUGCGGCUGCAAGGAGUGUGUGUAGAGUCGGUGAGGUACUACACACACGUGGGCAGCGCAGUCAGCUGAAGAGGAGUUACUGGACACACUGUGGGAAAGUAUAUAUAUAUAUAAAACAUGGACAUUGUCUGUGUGUUGUGGACAACAGUGUUUGUAAUAUAGGACAGUUCUUCCCUGGCAAGGACGGCCAACCAACACGAAACCAACCAACCUCAUCUUCAUCAUCUUCAUCUACCUAAAGGAAGUCAACUGUGGUCUCACAUUAGUAAUGUUAUAUUGAAAGGUCAUUCUUUGGAUUUAUACUGUGUUGUACACCACUUUAUCCAUGUGCUCAAAUCAUUGUAAAAUGGAGGAACCUGUGUGAUGCAUGGCAGCCAUGUUGGCAACAGGAAAACGUUGAGACACUUCUCUAGUUUCUUCCUGUUAAAUGAGAAACUGCUGCUCUUUUUUGCUAGUUUACCAUUUAAUCUGUGUAUCUUUUCACUGGGCUGCAAUGCCAGUUUGCCCUCUAGUGGCCAGUUUUAUGAUGAGGAUGCUUGAAGGUUCAGAUGGGGGAAGGGGGUGCAUUUGAGAGAACAGCUGAGGCCCUUUGGCCUACUUUAAAGAGGUGGGGGCCUUUUGGCUUACUUUAAAGAGGUGGGGGCCCUUUGGUCUACUUUAAGAGGUGGGGGCCCUUUGGCAUACUUUAAAGAGGUGGGGGCCCUUUGGCCUACUUUAAAGAGGUGGGGGCCCUUUGGCCUACUUUAAAGAGGUGGGGGCCCUUUGGCCUACUUUAAAGAGGUGGGGGCCCUUUGGCCUACUUUAAAGAGCCUUUUGGAGGCUAUGUGCCGGUUUGAUUUUAGCCAGAAUCUUCUUUAACAUUCGUCAUGGUAAUUGGUUAUAAUUGUAUCAUUGAGUAAAACCCGCCUCCUAUCUCUCUCUGGUCCAAUCAGUCUCCUUCUACCACGUCAGCAGUAUUAUGAAAUUCAACACAAAUGUAGCUUUGAUAAUAUUUUAUUUAUAUUGUUGUAAAACUAAAACAGAAAGGUACAUAACAUUUGUUUAACAUUUACAUUUUUUGCUGAGAUUGUUUUUAUUACUUAGUGUCAUGUAGCCUAAUGUAGCCCUUUGAUUAUGAUACAAAACGGAAAAUACUUAACAGAUUGUAAUAUAUAUCAUUGCAUUUCAUUUGGACACAGUAUUUUUAUAUGUUGAAAUGGAAAAAGGGGUGUUUGAAACCUGGCAUGGGAGAGACUACACAGGCGUUGUAUUGGGACUGUAGACUGAAGCAACAUCUUGCUCUUCUUUACUGCCUGAUCUAAAGCUGCCAAAACCAGUCAGCCAACCUCUUGUCAGUCUAAUACACAGUGUCGUCACGGAGACGUUAAAUGACUGUGAUGUCAUUGUUCUUAUUACAUGUUGUCUACCUACUUGGUGAAUAUAAUAUCAUCAAUGAUUUGCUUCAGAUUAUGUGUAGUGAUGUUUUAUUUAUUUCAAUAAAAGACAUGAUUUUCUCUCUUC